AUGGACAUGAGAUCAUCUAAAAGAACAGAUUCUUGGACCAAAACAGUAAAGACUAAAUUAGAACAUCCUAAUUUGGUUUUUGCAAUGCAACAAGAACUUGCUGAAUUUGAACAAAACAAGGUUUGGAUUUUGGUUCCUAAACCUAAAGAUGUUUUGACAAUUGAUCUGAAAUGGAUUUUUAAGAACAAAAUUGACAAAGAAGGCAAUAUUAUUAGAAACAAAGCAAGGAUAGUCAUAAAAUGUUAUUCUCAACAAGAAGGUAUUGAUUAUGAGGAAACCUUUGCCCCUAUCGCAAGACUUGAAGCAGUACGAAUUUUUCUAGCUUAUGCAAUCAUAAGGAUUUCGACGUCUACCAGAUGGAUGUAA